AUGAGUCGACUCAGUGGCAAGACGACAUCUUCUACGCUCUCUGCACAGCAGAACCCCCUCGACUCCUCCAUCGCUCUGCGAGAGAUUAGGGUUCGAAUUGGGGCUCGCUCUUCACUUAUCCAAACCCACCUCCAAUUCAAGGCUUCUCGACCUGGUGAUAUUGAUGAGCGCGAGGUUGUUACUCCUGAUGUCAUGACCAAGUAUUUCAUAGGUGUCACACUAAAGGAAAGAUCUCCAGACGGUGUUUGGACGUUAGUUGAUGUGGGCUUGAGUAAGAAUGUCGUCGUUGAUCAAGUACUUGAUCCUGGAACAAGAGUUACAGUGGCUAUGGGAGACAGUUGGAAUUUGGAUACUGAUAUAUCACGGCAGGUUGUAUCAUCAUCCAAGCCAAGGGAAGAAGCAGGGAUGUAUUGGGGGUACAAAGUGCACUAUGCUUCCAAUAUCACUUCGGUAAUGAUUGAAUGUCCAUACGAGGGUGGCUAUGAUCAUUUGAUUGGGACCUCAGAGCAUGGUCAGAUUAUCAAUUCCUCCGAUCUCACUAUACCCACUUUCAGGUGCAAGCCUUUGCUUCCUGUAAUGCUAGAAAUUAGCUAUAAGCUCUGUGAACAGUUUUAUGAUCUUGGAAAUGCAAAGAAUGUGCGGGAGGUGUUUGACAUAUAG